GUGAAGCUGUGCGUGGUUGUGAAGCCUCGUCUGGUCCGGUCGGUUCUGGGCUCCUAGGGUCCGGCAGGAGGUCGAGGUCGAAGCUUAGACUGAGUCAUGCGGCCGGACGGUGCGUUCACGGUCCUGCUCCUGAUCAGCUCAGUGACAGCUCUGACGGUUCCGCCUCCGACCAACGUGACUGUGAGCUGCAGGAAUCUGAGAGUGUUGGUGAACUGGGAGUUCAGUGACCAGCAGCCACACACCAGCUUCAGAGUGGAAACAGACAGCUCUGAUGGGAAACCCAAGACUGAAACCACAGAGCACCAGUAUGAUCUGACUGGGUUCAUCUGGGAGUCUCAGAAUCAGUACAUGAAUUUCCACUACGUGACAGUGACAGCUCUACAGAACGGGGGGGAGUCCCAACCGGUCCAGUCUGAGUCCUUCACCUUCAACAAGUGGAAGACGGCCGAUAAACACUGUUUGUUGGACUUCCCGCCGGUCGAGGUCGUGGCCGGCGACUCUGGAAACAUCGUCAGCUUCCCGAAUCCCUUCCACUUCUACACAGAACUGCAGCAGGCCAAGGGGAAGGAAAGGGCCUCCUUCAAAUUCAACAUCUCCUCAGAUCAGGGUAACUACACCGACAAGUGCAGUUUGACUCAGAGCGUGUGCAGGUUCGACCUCCCGCCCAGCAAGGAUACGUGCGUCCGGGUGGGGGGGUGGCUGGAUGACGGGAACAGCGUGGAGAAGGUGGAGUUCAUCCGGACCGAGCUCAUCUGCCCCAGUACAACCAGCGACGCCCACGUCUUCACGUUCGUCUUCCUGCUGAUCGCCCUCGUCCUCAUCAUCAGCGGGUUAGCAAUCUCCAUCUACAAAGUGAAAGCCUGGACACUGAAGACGCAGCAGGAAUCGGAGGAGACGCAAGCUCUGAACUUCCAGCCAAACAACGAAGACCCACAACUGUUGAGAGAGGUUGAAGAAGUGUUCAGCCCGGUGAUGGUCAUCGAAUCCAGCAGCUGCUCGGAGGUCAGCUCGGAGGACUGCGGCGCCUGCUUCAUGGAGGAAGGAUGGCUAGAGAGAGGGGAGCUGGAGGAGCCUGAAGACCAGGAGCCUGAAGACCAGGAGCCUGAAGCUGUGGGGAAUUAUGACCACGGCCACGUCCACUUAGAUGUGCGGGUGGACUUAGGGGACGGAGACAUGGCCGAUGCUUACAGAGAGGGAUAGAACAAACUGUCAGAGGUUUGGGACUGAAGUUGGUUUGAUGACUGUUUUAAUAACCGGUGACCCAGGAUGGUCCACCCAGGCCGAGAGACACCGGAGGACAGCUGGAGGUUGAAGGUGUCCCCCCCCCCCCCCCUUCUUUUUGCACCGUCACCGAACCCUAUAAACACGUCAUGUUUACGAGUGUGGCCGGUUUGUCUUGUGGCUGUUUACUGUGGAGAGCACCCACCUGGGGGGGGGGGGAAGACCAGGACUCCAGCUGAUCCGUCAACACGGAGACGAUUAGACAGACGUUGACACAGUCAGAGAACAGAGAGGUUUGUCCUUCUCAAAGAUCUCAGGAUCAUUUUAGAGCUGGCAGUUGUCUUGGCUCUUUUCUCUCUUAAAGGGACAGUUCACCCUCAAACCGGAUCCAGGAGGGUCCUCGAAACCCUCAAGCGUGGUUUCAUUUGCCCUAAUUUAAUUUGCGUCUCAGGUUUCGUCUCAGGCAGCAUCGUCCCACAUCUAAAACCUUUUUAUUAUGACACUUAUUGCACACUUGGUGCCUGUGUGUGAGGGGGGGGGGGGGGUGUCCAGAGCAAACUUUUAAAACCUCAUUGUUCUCAGGAGCCAGUUAAAUAAAACUGAACUGCCUAUGUGGUUGAGACCUGACGCCUUGAAGCUGUUUAUGAUGUGGGACAUUAAACCGAGCACCUCACCCAUCCUGGACUUUGAGUUCUGCAGGAGUCAUAAACUCCACAGUGUGACCCCUGAUCAACAGGCCCUGAAGAUCAUGUGCUUCUCUUUUGUUGAGAACUUUAACGCUCAGGUUCUUAUUGUUUUUAAUAUGUGCAUCAUCGCUUGUUUUUAUGAAUUCAUUGAUUUAAAUCAAUUAAUUUUAAAAUGUGAAAUUUGUUUCGUGGUCUAAUAAAUUUGGUAUCUUUUUUUAUUAAACACAUUGAUAGAU